GUGACUAACAAUAAUAAUGUAUUAAAUAUUUGUAGUAUUUUGGUAUUUAGUUACAAUACCAAAAUUUGGAUACCUAGUGCUUUUGGUUUUUUUACAUUAAUCUUUAUCCAUUAAUUUUUUCAAUAACCAGAAAUAAUGUUUAAAAUAUUUGGAAAUUAUUAAAUUUUUAUUGAUAAAUUACUUUACUGCCAUGUCACUAUUCAUAAUAAACGAAAAUACUAAUUUUGAGCACAUUAUUGGUAUUCUUUUUAAUAACUGGACAGCUUUAAAAUUAGCCAUUGAUCAUGGAAUGGGAGGAUCACUAGAAAUGACCCAUUUCAAGAUAACUGAUCUUAUAAAGAAUAUUCAUGACUUUCUACAAAAAUCAGGAAAUGAAUCAUGUUGGACGGGUGUAUCAGAUAUAAUAGAAGAUGUUAUGGAUGUUGGUUUUGAUGUAGUUCUUGAAGAUUUAUCAGCUGAUGAUUUAGGAAAACAUAUCUGUAAAGUUUAUUGUGAUUGGAAUCAGUCAAUCCAAAGUCGUCUUCAUGUAAUUGAAGAACUUAGAUCAAUGCCAAUUACUAUACCAAUUCAAGUUUUACCUAUCAAACCAUCACAAUCAAAAAAUAAGAAAGAAGAUUCAUCUUCUAGCGAUGAAGACCACGAAUCAGAUCUUGAAGAAGGUUGGACUGUUGUAAAACAUAAAUAAAUGUAUUUAUUAUUUUAUAAGUUUAAAAAAUUCAAAAUAAAUUCUAUGCAAAACUUGUAUAAUAUAUUUAGGAGAUCAAGAAUUUACAAUUAAAUAUUGUUGUAUAUUAAUUGAUUUA